CGGCUAUGUAAACAACAUGGAGUUAUCUGUAUAUUUCAGUAUUUGUAUACACUUUUGAUUGAGUGAUAAUUGCACACGAAUAUUCUAUAUUUUGAAAUAUAAAUGCAUGCCUCUACACUAAAUACUCAUUGUGACAACCGUCAAAUCAAAUCAAAAGUUAUGUAUAGCAAAUGCUCCUAAGCUUGGAUCUAAAUUCUUGAAUUGGAUGUCUGUCAAAUCAUUCAUUGAGAUUAAUUGAGUGACAGGUCUACAGGAGGGGCUGAAGAUGGAAUGUGGGUGAUUGGAUUUACACAAUUGAAAUCCAUGAUAUAUAGACGCGUUGUUAUACUAUAACAAUGACAGUUCCCGAUGUGAUAUCCCGAGUUGCUGUCAUGAAUAUCGGACUGCCUAAUUCAAGAACAGAACUACCAGAGUCAUCUGGAUACAGAAGAUUCCAUAGUGCAUCUAGUCAUCAUUCUGUUCUACUCCAAGAAGACCAAAGUGGGCUGCAACCCAUUUCAAUAAGCGUUCUUCCUUUGCAUAGACCUCUUAGUUAUGAUUCACUCCAAUCUUCAAAUCACCAAAGGGUACCACCUGAAUCAAAUAUUCAAAAAGGUUCAUUGACUGGAGCUGAAGAAGCUGAUAUAAUUCACCAAGCCCUAAAUUUGAAUAGGUUUAAAAUUGUACCACCAGUAGAAAUCAAGCCAAAUGAUGCAGUUAUAAAACAGAAUGCCUGGGAAGGGGAUGAUUAUUUCCAAGCAUCUGUUCAAGAAACAGGAACAAAAGAUGAAGAUGACUCAUGGUCCAUUUCUACAAAAUCCAAAAAGAAGAAGAAAAAGAAAAGAACCAAGUCAGCUAAGUGCAAGAAAAAUUCCAAAAAGUCUACAAAUAAAGUUGAUAAAUCACACAAACACUCCUCAAUUGAUAAUAACUCAUGUAAUGGAGGACUUACACUUGGUGUGGUUGCCGCUGCUGCUCCGGUAACAAAAAAGACCCCUCAAAUAUCUACUACUCAACAAAUAAAAAAAGUAAACCACAAAGUUCAGUCGAACACUACUGAAGAACCUGAAAAGGGCAGUGAGAGAUUAUUAACAAAUGAGAGAAUACUCAAACCCCAACACUCUCUAUGUCUUCCCAAAAUGUCAAUGUAUCCGAGUGCUUCCCCGAGACUUUCAAAAUCUCAGAGCAAUAGCGCAUAUAAUAGCUCAAAUUCAUCAAUGCUUAUAAGAUCUCAGGAUAACCAUGCACAUGAAAAGCUAAAGGUGAUGAAGGUCUACUUAUCAGAUAAGCAGUCCAAUACAAUAAAAUUGCUAGGGUUGGAUUUACCUUGUGCUCCUCCAGCUACACCAAUGCCAGAUCAACUCUGUCGCUAUGAAUACAUCCCCAGUAUGACUGAUGUCAGGUCACAAAGGGCCCUCAAAGUACGUCUGAACACUUUGGAGAAGAUAGAGGGCCAGAGAAAGGCAAAGCAACGUGCAGAGCAAGUGAAACAGGAGCAACAGAAUCGUAAAGAUCAACAGAUUGAACUGAAGAAGUUUCAGAGACUUCAGAUUUACGCCCUGAAUAAAGUUAUGACAGAAUUUGAAAACAAGAAUUUUGAAGAGUUCUGCAAAGUCAAAGGACUGAAUACCUCAUGCAAGAAAUCAAAGAAAUGAAAUGCCCAUGUUGGAAAUGCAUGAUGUGAACCCCAUGGCCUCAUUGUGACAGAGCUACAGGGAUUAACUACUCUACCUAACUGACAUAUGGCUGAUGUAUUCAAGGACUGCUGUUAAAACUGAUGGUACAUGGGUACAAUCAUAU